UAAUGAUAAUAAUUCUAUUUAUAAUAGUAAACUUAUUAGUUAUAUCAAUCAACAAUUACAUGAAUGUGUUAUAUCAGAUAAUAAUAUUGAUAUUGACAAAAUAAAAAUGGAUACAGAGAAUAUAAAAAUGGAUAUUGAUUCUAAAAAGAGAAAGAUGAAUAUUGCACUGCCGAAAAGAUAG